CGCCAAAAUAGAAUUCGGAUUUUAAUCUUAACUCCGUUCUCAUAAAAGGUUCUUAUAUAAGGACUUACAUUAAGUCCAGAAAUUAUCAAUAUCUAUUAAAUUAUUACCUUUAUUUCUUUCAACUUACUACCAUUACUACUAUAACCGCUUAAACCAUUAAAAAAAAAAAACAUGUCUUCAGCUAUCCCAAUCAAUGACAAAAUCGGAUUCGGAACUAUGAGUUUAUCUUGGAUCCCAAACCCAAAACCAAUUAAGGAAUCAGCAGCAACCAUUGAAUAUGUCACGUCAAAAUAUGGUGUCAAAUAUCUUAAUGCAGGUGAAUUUUAUGGUGCAGAUGAUAUCAAUUUAAAGAUCAUCAAGGAAUUCUUAGACACCACUUCACAACCAACCAAUGAAUUUAUUAUUUCAAUAAAGGGAGGUCUUGAUCUUGCAACUUUUAAAAUUCUGGGUACUAAAGAAUCUAUUUCAAAAUCAAUUGAAAAUUGUGCUUCUUAUUUUGCACCAAUUGGUGAUUCUAAAAGACCAAAGAUUCUUUAUGAAAUUGCUCGUGUGGACCCAAAUGUCCCCUAUGCCGAUACCAUUUCUUAUAUUCACGAUUAUGUUAAGCUGGGUCAUAUUGAUGGUAUUUCACUUUCUGAAGUAAGUGCAAAAUCAAUUGCUACAGCAGCAGAAAUUGCACCAAUUUCUUGUGUAGAAGUUGAAUUUUCAUUUAUAACUCAAGAUAUUGUUACUAAUGGAGUUUUAAAAGAAUGUUCAUCUCGUGAUAUUGCCAUUGUUGCCUAUUCACCACUUGGUAGAGGCUUACUUACAAAUUAUGCGGUCGAGAAUUCAGAUACCUUUUUAAAGAAGAUUCCAGAAGGUGAUAUGAGACUUCAUUUCGAUAGAUUUGCUCCAGAAAACUUUGAUUCAAACUUGAAAUAUAUGAAGAAAUUGUAUGAAUUCGCUCAGAAAAAGAACACAUCUCUUGAAUCACUUUCAUUAUCAUGGUUUGCUGCAGUUUCACAAAGCUCUACCAUUGAAGGAUUGGGUAAAUUACCAAAAAUUGUCCCAAUUCCUAGUGGUAGUACUCCACAAAGAAUUGACAGUAACUUUGGUCAUUUAAUUGAACUCUCCCCUCUGGAUUUACAAGAAAUUCAAGAAAUCAUUUCUAGUUACACCGUUCAAGGUUAUAGAUAUAACGAACACGCGGAAGGUACUCUUUUCCAAUAGAUACUUUGAAUAAUAAAAAUUUAUUAAUACAUAUAGAGAAUAUUAACGCCCCCUACCUUUUGUUUUUUUUUUUGUCAUAAAAUGUUUUUGUAGAACACUGUCCACCACAAUUAUAGUACACUAAAU